AGCUCGGGCGCAUUUGCACAUCCACAGCUGGCUUGCAUGACUCAUGAGGGGCUGGCUUGGUCUUCAAGCUUGGAUGCGCGCAAGAGCUAAAGCAAGAUUUGGCAAAUGGCCGGGCGAUGAGAUGGGGGGACUGGUCUGACAGUUUGCAUGUGAAGACACGGGCCAGCUCUUGGAACAGCGUUCUGUGCCUUUGGGAAGCUUUGCGUCAGCGUCGGCAUAGGCCGAAUAGGCCGAAUAGGAAGCGAUUUCUGCGAGCGUCCUUGGACGCCCUGUCCCGCAGCCAAAAGUGGAGGACUGCCCUCGCCUUGCGCGGCCGCGCGAACGUGGCGAGCCUGGCGCUGGCUUCGCAGUGGCCCGGCGCCCUCGCGGCUUUGAAGAAAACAAGCCCCCCGUGGCCGACCGCACGGCCCUGGCUGAAGGCGGCCGCCCUGAGGGCUAGCGCGAAGGAGGCCCAGAUCUUCGCCCAUGUGGACUGGGAUGCCGCCAUGCAAGUCUUGAUGAACCUACGGCAGCUGCGAGGCGCGGGCGCCGCCGUGCUGCGGCGGUGCCUCCGCUGCGAGUGGCGCCAGGCCUUGGCGCUGCUGCGGCACGGUGCGCGCGCGGCCCUGGAACCCAACCGCUGUUCUGUGGCCUUGGCAUCCGCAUCUGCAUGGGCUGCGGCCUUGGCGCUUGGGAGGACGCCGACGGUGCUGGACAUCUUGGCUGGCAAGCGCCUUUGGCAAGCUGCGGUCGCCCAACCCGCGAGCCCGGGCGCCAGUGGCCCCAGUCGCGUGCGCUGCGAUGCCGCAAUGCGAUGCGACGGGUUCAAGCUUGAUGCAGCGUGGCGAGACGCAGUGGCCAUGUUUGCGCUGCUCCAGUCGAAGAUUGGCAAUGCUCCCGACGCCUACACCACUGCCGAGGUGCUUCGCGCCUGCGUUUCAGGGUCACAGUGGCAGCAAUCCCUGCGAAUGAGAAGGUCGACCAGGUCGACCAAGUCAAGUAGCCGCUCCCUGAGCUACAUCCUGAGCAUCCGGGCUUGCUCGCUGCCACGACGUUGGCUUGCUGUCGUUGAGCUCCUUGGCAGGGCGCGGCAGGAGCGAGUCACAGCUCAUGUAGGCAUGUACGAUGGAGCGAUCUUCAGCUGCAAAGGGACCAGAAAACAUCCCCGGAGCCAGUGGCCACGCGCAGUGCUUUUGCUGCAAGAGGCUGAGGAGUUUCAGCUGCGGCGGAACCCCUUCAUGUUGCAAGCCACGCUGCGGGCGUGCCAGUCUAAUUUCGAGUGGACUGUUGGUCUGACUCUGCUGCGGCAAUGCCUGGGCAAUGUCAUCCAGGCGCAUGCAAACCAGUACUCGCCCCUCCUGGCGGUUUGUGCCAGGGUGACCAGGGCGACCAGGCCGACUUGGUCGUCGGCCUGGCGCUUCGGGCUGCACCUGGCGCGGGAGACCGCGGAGCGGCGGCUGCCGUUGGCCCAGACCGCGCGGCGGCCGCUGCAGCUCCUGGCCCAGGCCCGGGCCGAGGCCGCUCGGGCAAAAGCGGCGAAAGCGGCGCGCGAGGGCUCACGCCUCACGUCACACGUUGAGACUUCGUUAAGACUUUCGUGA